ACAAACAAUAAUAAUAAUAACUAAACCCUAUCAACCCUCAACCUCAAUCUCACUCUCUCUCUUGUUCUUUUCCUCAAACCUAACCAGCCCUCCUCUUUGACGGCGUGCAUGGAUCACAGUGAGGUGGGUGGCUGGUGGUCGGAUCACGGCGGCAGGCUCGAUGCAGAGCCAGGGGGCUCGACUCUCUCACUCCUUCGUCCUCCCAUUUCUUGCUCUAGCUGGGCUCGAUGAUGGCUGGGGGUUCAAGGGCUCGACAGCGACUGGGGGCUCAAGGGGUGGGCUCGACGGCGACUGGGGUUCUCCAGGCUGGCUGGGCUCAACGGCACAGGGGUCUCGGGGGGUGGGAUCGAUCGCUAGAAAACCUGAUGUGAAAGUGGAAAAGCUGGAAAACCACAACAAUAUAUGGCAACAUAUGAUGAUAGAUCAUGUUUGCAAAGAUGGUAGAGUUGCUUUUCAAGAUGGAUUCUCAGCUUAUGCUGAUGCCAAUUUCUACUGUAAACUUCAAAUGAAUUUUUUCUUUGAUAGUGAUUGUGGACAAGAUCAAGUUCAAAUAUGAUCAUCCAUUUCUUGAAACAAAUGGAGUUGCAACUGUUGACGAAAACUGUCCUUGUUGAACCCUUAUAUCGUCAUGUCUUUCCUCCAAGCUUGGCUCCAGGGCUCUCCUUUAUUGGUAUACCUGUAAAGGGUCUGCUCUUCAACAUAAUAGAGUUACAUUAAUCCAAGUGGAUUGCUGCCAAACAAAGAGGAAAUGAUGGCUUCCACUAAUGAGUUUUACAAGCAAAUGCAGGACCUUGGCUUGCCAAAACACUCAGCCCAUUUCCUUGUACCAUAUCAGGUAUUGAGUUAAUACUUAUGCAUGUUUCCAAUGCUUUGUGAUUCUUGAGUUAUAGAAUUGGUCUACAUUUAGUCAUUUACCACCACCAUACUAAAGGCCUUCUUAAGUAAGAUGAAAUAAUUGACUCUAUAUUCCUCGCAAUUAUUGUACAAACUGAAUUCUUUUAAACAAUACCCUUCUGUUUCAUCUAAAACACUAGUCCUUAGUGUUAAUUUUUUUAUUCCUGCCAAACAAUGAGUCUCGGAUAUUGCUGCAGCAGUUUCAUAAGAUUUUAUUUCCUUUUUCCUCUUAUUUAUUAUGCUAAACUAAUCAUCCUAUCUUUUGGUGUAUUUUGUGACUGGAUUUUGGUGUGUUUAUGGUCUAUUUUGCUACUUCUUUAAUGGCUACUACUUGUAAUUUGCUACCAGUUUUUGCUAUAUUUCUUGACUGGAUUUUGGUGCAUUUUGCAACCGGUUUGAAUGGAUUAAUAUGAUUGAUUUAUGGUCUAUUUUGCUAAUGCUUUUGGUAUAGUUUGCUAUUGUGCAAUGGAGACUAACUAAGGUCUGUCAAAGAUUGGAGCAUGAUUUUGUGAUCCAGAGUUUUAAUGGUAUAUUUUGCUAUUGUUUUAAUGGUAUAUUUUCUGUAUUGUGCUACUGGUUUUUUUGGUGUAUUUUGUGACAGAUUUUUGGUGUAUUUUGUUAACUAAGUUGAAUGGAUUAAUAUGGUGGAUUUAUGGUCUAUUUUGUUGCUGAUUUUGGUGUAGUUUGCUACUGUUUUGAAAUACCUCUAUGUACUGGAUGAAUAACAUUUUAUGAAAUAGUACUAUCCAACAAUAAAUUGUGUUGCUGCUUGA